AUGAAGUCACUACCUCUGCUGUCGUUGGUGCUGGUAUGUGCACCGGAAGCUUCUGGCUUUCAGCCAUUGUCGUUCUUUCUUAGCAGCACUCAAGAUGCCGUGACAAAAACCAGUGGCAAUAGUCCUCCCACUCGUUUGGAGUCAAAAACCUUGGACAUGGAAAGGACUUCUGUGAUGACUCCUCGCCCUCCGAAAUCGGUUCCACCCGUUCCACAAGAACUCUUCAUGAAGGAACUCUCUCUCGAUGAUUAUGAUGAGCCAGCGACAGACAGUUCCACUACUGGUAGUACUGCUACAAAAAGCAUGAAGGAACAGCACGACCAAUUGGUAGAGGACAUGUGGGCCACCGAACAGGUGCUUCAGGUUCUUCGAGCCAACGUGACCGAGUUGGAAGGAGUGCUGGAGACCAAACAAGCCCAAGUGGACACGAACGACGGAUUGCAAGACUUGCGACGCAUGGUGGAACAAUCCCAAGCCGAGUGGGAGGCCUUGCAGAGCGAGACGAAAGAACGAGAACGCAGUGAAAAUGAUAUACUUAGUGAGUACCAAGACAAACAGACGGAAUUGGAAGAACAGGUCUCUGUCUUGCAGGAACAACUCGUCGAAACCCAAAUGAAGAUUCGUUCCGAACAAGACACGUACUUACAACUCACACAGCGCAUUGCCGAGGUGGAUGGCACUCAAGAUUGGGAAAGCACAGAAUUCCAACAAGAACAAGAAAAAAUGCAGUCAGACUUUCUAGACAAAAAAGCGCAAUUGGAACAGAUUCAAGCCGAAUUUGACGCUCAAGAAACCGAAUUGACGCAAGCCAAUGCCCAAAUCCGAGCGCAACUCGAAACACUCCAAGAACAAGCAGAACAAGACGAAUCUCAAUUGGCGGCUCUCCAAGAGAAUCACAAGGCACAGCGAAACGAAUUGCAAGCCGCCAUUCAACAACAAGAAACCAUGGUAGCACAAGCGCAAGACAAUAUCGUCAAGGCACAAAAUGACACUCAACAAGACUUGCAACAAUUGAAACUGGAACUCGCUCAAGUCGAAUCCCAGCAAGAGGAACUACAAGAAACAUUGCGCACUACCUCCCUCGAUCAUCUCAUUCAAGAAUCCAAAUGGCAAGGCAUGCUAGCCAGAACCAAUAAGGCCGUCCAAAAACUCAACUCCACACUCGUACGAGAUACCUCCCGGCACAGUUGGGAACGAGAAUACUUGCUAGAUCGACUCCAAGCCGAAACCAAACAAUGGCAACUCGUCCACGAUCAGUUGCAAAAGGAACGCCUCCAACACGACAAAGAACGACAAUCCUCAUGGCAACCACAAUGGGAUCAAACCGCACAACGACAACAAACUGCAGCCUCAUUUAUGAAAAACCGCUACGCCCAACUCCGGUCGACCUUUCGACAACGAUGGAGGACCGCCAAACAAGAAGGACGACGCAUGGAAGAGUCCCUGACGGAACAAUACGAACGCAAUCUGCAAGACAUGAAUACGACAUUGGCGCUACUCCAAGAAACUGUGACAUUGGCGGGACAGUCACGACGAACGUUGCAACUAGCGGCCGAACAGGAAACCCUCGAUGCCAAACAAUUGUGGGAACAUCAUUCCACCAUGGGGAAUCGCAUGACCAACAAUCUCCAACAGGCACAACUCGAAGCGGAAUAUCUGGAGCAAGAUCAAAAGGAAUUGUCACGUGUCUUGCAACAAACCGAAGAGGAUAUUGUCCAAAUGGAAUCGUCCUUGCGACAAAUCUUGCGAGCUACGUGGAGAUUGACGCGACAACGCGUGCGGAAUCGACGACGACGCAUCGUCGAUCGCAUCUUGCGACGACAAAAGGAGUAG